UUCUCUGAAUACUUUAACAGAGACUAUUUACAUAUUUAGUUUAAUAGAUGGGAAAGUGCCUUAUUUUUUAUAUUGUUCAUUUGGAGUUACUUUUAUACCAUGUUUCGAGAUCAACAAAUGUGGAAUGUCCUGAUUUGACAAAUGUAGAUUAUGAUCAAACUUAUAUCUCUCAUGUUGAGAGCUUUAGCAGCCAUGAAGGACUGAAUUCUAUGGUCAUGAAUGGUGAUCAUGGCUCGGUAUAUCUGGGGGCAUUUAACUCAAUACAUCACCUUGCAAAGAAUUUGUCACAUAUAAGGACUUACUAUUAUGACUUCUAUAAAGAUGCUGUCAAUAUCAGGUUUCUGCUCAUAGAUGAUGUUAACAAUGUUCUCAUUGCUUGUGGGGAUAUGCACAACGGAUUGUGCUUUCGUCAUGCUUUGGAAAAUAUAAGGCACAAUGUUACCUUAUUGAAGGAUUUUGAAGAGACUUCAGCUUCGUAUAUUAUGAGCAUAAAUGGAUCGACUGUUGGUCUAGUUUCAAGUUAUCAGAAUCAAACAAGAUUUUACAUUGCUCGAACACUCGAUGCAGGUUUUGAUUAUCAAUAUCAGCAAUCAAUCUCAACUAAAGUUUGGGAUCAAGAUCUCACUGGUUUUAGGUUACUUUAUAACCAAACUGCUGAAUCAGAAUUUGCAAUACGAUCAGAGUUAUCAGUAUCUGAAAAGUUUGUAAACACUUAUGUUAUAGAUUAUAUAUAUGCUUUUCUCUACGAUGGAUUUUCAUAUUUUGUAACCAAACAACCUAGGAAGAUUAACUCGAAAACAAACGAAAUUCGACUUGUUCGUGUAUGCCAAAAUGAUGUCGGUUACUUCAGUUAUAUGGAGCUGACACUGAUUUGCAAAUCCGAUAGUAGGAAAUUCCGCAACCCAAUAGAUGGUUACGUAGCAAAUGUUUCGACUGAUUACAUAGCUCGAAAUAAAAUGAGCAAUUCUGAUUCAAACACUGUCCUUUUCCUGCUCUGUGGAUUGGAUGACGACGGAAAAUCAAAUAAAUAUGCCGUAUGUAAAUAUUCCAUGAGCGAAUUAAAUGCAGCUUUUGAUAAAGCGUUUGCUAAAUGCAAGUCUGAGCGUGGCAAUCGUGGACUGGAAUUUUUUUCCAACGGCGAAGAAAAUUACUGCGGAAUAGGAGGAAAUGGUACCAUGGGUGAUGUUUGUCCCAAGGUUCCGUCGGGUACUGACCAUAUCCAUUCCCAGGAAAAAUUUGUGGGGAAAAAUAUUUUAUUAAAUAGUAAAGGCGAAGAUCUGUCAACUCUUGUAUCGGCACCUUCUUCUUUAGCUGUACUGGUCUAUGGCAGCAGUACAAUAUUAGCAAUGAGCUUUAUAUCUGGUGAUAUUGGUGUUUACCACAUUGGUGCCUACUACAAACUAGGUGUCCCAAACAUCGUUGUUAAAAUUACUGAUAAACCUUUCACCAAGCAUAUGGAAGUACAAAAAUCCGAAAUAUAUGCAAUGACAUUUUCUUCAGUUUAUAAAAUAUCUUUAAAAGAUUUUUGUACUGUCAUACCCACAUGUAGACAGUGUGUUAUGACAGAUUUCUUAGGUUGUGGAUAUUGCAAUGGCCGAAAUUGCACAACAAAAAAUGCAUGUAACGAAUUGAGUGGCAAUUGGAGCAACAAAACAUGCCCCCCUAUCGUUACGUCAGUUACACCACAUUCAGGACCUGUAGAGGGAGGAACAGAUAUUACCAUAUGUGGGCAAGCAUUAGGGCACACUUCUCGGCAUCCACAAAUUGUGUCAGUACGCAGUGUCUCUAUGGGUAGUUCGGCAAGUUGCCUGACAACGAACAAGGAAAAUUAUAAUAAAUUGAUAUGCAAAACUAAAACAAGGUUAAAUUCUACUGGAGAUAUCGAGAAUAUCACCACACCUAUGUCCAUGCAUAUUUUUGCUGCACUUCCACCAUUUGAAUCUGAUUUUGAUCAUUUUGAAAUAAAUAAAACUCUUUCACUUGGAGCUUUCACUUUUAAGAUGAUUGAAUUGUUUGGAUUUCACCCCAUCAAAGGUCCUGAGAGAGGAGGUACAAAAGUUACGAUUUUUGGUAAUAAUCUUGACAUUGGAAGCAAGGCAGAAUUAUUGAUUGGAAGCUCACAGUGUGCUAUCAUGUCUCGUAAUUCAUCUCAAAUUCAAUGCAAGACAUCUUCUUAUCAACACAACACAGCAAGAUCAAUUGCUGGGGCACCAUCAGUAAAAAGCGAAAAUAAAGUGAAAGUUGUGAUAGAUAAUGCAGUAAAAUUUGCAGAUGAUCAAUUUUCAUAUAUGCCGAAUCCAAAUGUAUCUGUUCCUAAAGUCCCAUUCCGAAGCAUAGCCAGUGGAGGCAUUCAGAUUCGUAUACCUGGGUCUAAUCUGAAUUCAGUUGCAAGUCCUCAUGUCACAAUAACAAUGAGAAGAUUGUCUAAAAAUAUUGACUGUAGCGUGGUGAAAGAUCCAAACAAAGAAGUGGAAUAUUUGGCAUUUUUCACACCACCAUUUACUCUAGUGACGGAGAAUUAUAGAGAAGGUAUGUUAACAAUCACACUUGAUGAGCAAGUUCUGGAAACACCUGGUAUUCAUGUAUAUCCUGAUCCAGUUUUUGAUGAAUUUGUAUAUUCAGAAUCAAAAGAAGUGUUUACCAUAGACAUCAAAGGGCAAGGUCUUGACAAUGGCUGUCAAACAUAUGUUGAAGAUUCCAAUUUGAAGUGCGAUUACCAGAUAUAUAUCGGCAAUUUAAUCUGCCCAGAUUUAUCAGUCAAUGAUGAAGCACUGGUUUGUAAAGCUAAAAGAUCAUACAUUGCGAAUAACACAGACAAUAAAGUUUUUCCUGUUACUGUUUAUAUGGGAAACCUGAAGAAACAGGUCGGAUUAAUUGAUAUAUCUCGUUCGAAUACUGGAACAAUUGUCGGUGUUAUCUGUGGAGUGCUGCUGACACUGCUGGUUAUUGGGUGUGUUUUUUUCAUCUGCAGAUGUAUCAAGAAGAAAAAGAAAUUGGUUUCAGCACCUGGCAAUAAUGGGAAUAAUCUUGGAGUACAUUAUACACAUCACAACGAACAUGAAAAUGAGCAACAUGGUAAUGAAGACAGAGUUCCACUCCUUAGUAUUAGUUCAAUAAGACAGAGAUUACCAUCGGAUUUAUUGAAUGAAAUCACACCUUUGCUUAUUGAGUCAUCUCAGCUUGAAUAUGACAAGGAUAAUAUUAUUGGCAAAGGGAAUUUUGGCAUGGUUUUUCAUGGAACUUAUUAUCCUGCUGAUGGUGUCACUGAUCGAGUGAGAGUUGCAAUUAAAACAAUGUCAAGAAUUGAGGAUUAUCAUUCUAUUGAACUCUUUCUCAAGGAAGCUCUUUUGAUGAAAGAUUUUGAAGAUGAACAUGUUCUAACCUUGAUAGGUGUUCUGCUAGAAGAUUAUUCCUCUCCAUUCGUUGUCUUGCCAUUCAUGAAGCAUGGGGAUUUACUGAUGUUCAUUCGAAAUCCUAGUAACAGACCUACAAUCAAAGAUCUCAUAGGAUUUGGUUUGCAAGCAUGUAAAGGAAUGAAGUAUUUAGCAUUUAAACGAUUUGUUCAUCGUGAUCUUGCUGCAAGGAACUGUAUGCUGGAUGAAGACUUUACUGUAAAGGUUGCAGACUUUGGUCUGGCACGAGACAUCUAUGAAAAAGAAUAUUACAAACCUCAUGAUAGAAUUGGAAGAAUGCCUGUGAAAUGGAUGGCAUUAGAGAGCUUACAGCAACAGAAAUUCAACACAAAAACUGAUGUGUGGUCGUUUGGAAUUCUGAUGUGGGAAUUGCUUACACGAGGUGUUACUCCUUAUCCAGAUGUCGAUGCAUUUGAUGUGUGCGACUAUCUACUUGAUGGACGUCGAUUAAAACAACCUGAAUAUUGUCCUCAUGAACUAUACAAAAUCAUGUUGCGAUGUUGGGCUCCCAGUGCCAAUGACAGACCAACAUUUGAGGAACUUGUUGACUUGAUAACUGUAAUUCACAUGAAUGUCCAUGGUGUGCACUAUCCAGGACUGGAUAUAACCUAUGUUAAUCUGGAUCAUCAUCCAUACCCAUCCAUGCUGAGAACCUCGGAAAGUGCAAGCACAGGAGACUCUGUAUUUUCUCCAGAUUCUGGACUUCACAAGCCAAUUUCAGCCAUUACUGAAAAGGAUGAAGAAGGUUACCUUGUGCCAUCAACAUCUGAAACUCCAAGUUUCCUCACUGGUGGUACAACAUCAUCACAUCGGAAUGAAUCCAAGGAACAAGCAAUAUCUGGCGUGUCUCAGAGUAGUCCUGGUGUUCUCAAUAAAUCACCCAUGCACCAUCAUGACAAACCUGCAGAAAAUACUUACGUUGAUCAAUCGAAGGGAGCUUCAGCUAAUCCUUCCGUUAGUGCUUUAAAGCAGUCUUCUUUCGUUGUCCCUGAUUCCCCGGUAACCUCAAGGCCUCGUUUGAAAGAAAGUAUGCCUCAAGAACCCAUGUAUGUCAACGAAACUGAUAGUACUGAAGAUAUCUCAAAAAAUCUGCCUUCAAAUAGUUACUACAAUGUCAAUGAUAUGGAAGAUGGUUUAAUAUCAAAUCCUACAUAUGCAGAAGGUGGUGAUCAGCUUUUCAAACCAAAAAAUCGUAACAACGGAAAUAAUCGCGAAUGAAAUCUAUGCUCAGACUUCUUAUAAGUGAAAUAGUUCGUAGACAAUGUGUCUUUGAUGUAUUUGUAUACUAUAUCAAUCAUCUUAAGGGGCUCUGUACCGUCAUCGAGGUAGUAAUAUAAGUUCAUUUUAUAAAGCAAUAUAUAUAUAUAUCUAUAAUUUAUCAUGUAAAUUCAUCAUUAUGUAUAUGUUUACUAAAAUGACACAAAUUAUUUGCACAUGCCUCAAGUGCCUUGGCAAUUUCACUACGUCCACAUCCGAAUCCAGCAGUAAAAUGAAAUUUUCCAACUUUUUUCUACUAUGCCGGUACAUGAAGAUCAUUUUCUAAUUUCAGUAUUCAACUUUUCGUAAAAUAUUACUGAAGUUAUUUGAUAUAUACAACUAAUUUUUUUGUAGUUAAAUAAUUUAUAAGUGUCCAAAUAAUGGUGCUUUUUUGUAGGUGUUUCAUUUAAUUUUUAAAUGUCGAAGUGACUCUGCCAUAGCAAAAUAACUUUUCACUUUUAGCACACAUUGGUGCAAAAAUACACCUAUGCAUUUUUCGAGAGAUUGCGAAAGGGCAUUUUUUAAUAUGACAAAAACAUCAAAACAUAAAUAUAAACUCAGCAAAUUG